GACGACUUGACAUGCGAGGUUGCACCAACAAUAACUCGAGUUAUGCAAGAGCUGCUGCUGCAGUUGGAUCUUUAGCACUGGAGAUGAAUCCGCUAUGUCUUUUUCCUUCUAUGGAUGACCUAUACAACAACAACAACAACAACAACAACAACAACAACAACAACAACAACAACAACAACAACAACAACAACAACAACAACAACAACAACAACAACAACAACAACAACAACAACAACAACAACAACAACAACAACAACAACAACAACAACAACAACAACAACAACAACAACAACAACAACAACAACAACAACAACAACAACAGCCGUUUCAGUACCCAACGGUAGAAGAAAGACCGUUCAUUACA